CAGACGUGGACUAGAGGGAGGCUAAAGAUGAUACUGAGAACCGCCCCUGGGGGCAUCGUCCUUCUGCUCGCGCUUGCCGGGUCAGUUGGCGGUCAGGAUGACGAUUCUUUGGCUAGUACUUUUCUAUCAGGUUUUUUAAAUUCAUUAACAAGCACGGCGAAGAUCGCCGACUGUCCGGGAGUAUGUGUACACGCGCUGGCGACCUUAAUGUGCGACGACGUUCUGGAGGAUGUCCAGUGUCCCACGUCGAGUAUGCGGUGCUGCCUCGAGGAUCCGAUAAACAGUACUGCCUCAUCCUCAGAGAAUGUUAUUGACGACGAAGGGCCGACCACGACUCUAUCCACGACGGUGGUCAAGACGACCACGAUUUCUACGACGACACCCGCGACGACUACUACGACGCUCGGCACGUCUACUUCUUCCACUUCGGCAAAAAUUACACCAGAAAGCCACAGCGAGACAAAUGAGAAGUCACCGACGAAAACUUGUUCGGGCAUCUGCAUGGCCGAGAGAAUCGCCGAUUAUUGCGACGCCGUGCUCAUGAUAGAGAGCCUUUGCAAACCGGGCUACAAAUGUUGCGUGUCCAGAGACGCUUUCGGGGAUUCUCCGCCGCCUGAGCUUCAAGUGAUCGAUCGUACGAAUUCUUCCCGUUACGAUGAGAAAAAGGGUGACGGAUCCUCCAGCAAGAUCUCGUUCUCGUCAACGACAACGCGACCGAACGCAUCGUCAUCAACGAGCACUUCAGCGAUCUCCGCGAUUGCGACGACAAUGAUGACAACGAUGUCGGCGCUUACAAGGCAGCCGGCAGUGACGACAAUGGCGACGACAACGAGGCCAAAGCCAGUAUCAAAGCCGUGCAAAGGAGAAUGCACGAGCGAUCUGUCCGCGUUCUUCUGCAACAACAUCGACGGAGACGCGGAUUGUCCCGCCGAUGGAUCCGUCUUGACGGUUUGCUGCAUCAAUGAUCCGCCACCGCAAAAAACGGUAAUAAAAUCCACUGAAACGACAACGACGAUCCGACCGUACACGAAAGCUCCUCAACCGAGGCUGCCACCGUGUCCCGGCUUUUGUCUCCUGACAAUUAUGGCAGCGUUCUGCGAGCGACCGAACUUGAUCAUAGCGAAAACGUCGACUUGCCAAUCUGGCUCGAUCUGUUGCGACAAUACGAAGAGCCCGCCACAGGUAAUUAAUUAAUCCUCUGUCUGGAUUUGCCAACCUGCACAAAGAUAAUGAGAUAGAAAUUGUUUACCGAUAUAGACGGCGAGACCAAGACCGAGACCUACCCCGCGACCAACGACAACGGUGUCGUUACCACCGGACCCACGCCCGGAAUGUCCCGGCUCCUGCAUCGUGUCCUACUUGUCGUUCACCUGUUUCAGAAACGCCGAGCUGACGAAUCUGUUCAAGUGCAAGAAACAGGGACACCAGUGCUGCGCUCCGAAAUCUCUGAUAAGAGAAUUCCACGGUGGAAAUGCCACGGAACCGGUCUUGACCAACAGGAACGAUACGUUCCACGUCACUCCCCGACCUUACGCCACUCCACUUACGACGUCGAUUUACGAAACGACAACGGUUACCACUACGACCAGGAGUCCGGUGUACAGUAAAUACGUUUGCGGCGUAAAGGGAACCUCUCGCGGCCCGAUUCAGGCACGAAGUUCCGACAGAGUCGCGCGCGUGGUAGGAGGUGAGGAUGCAGACGCGAACGAGUGGUGCUGGCAGGUCGCCCUGAUAAAUUCCCUGAACCAGUAUUUGUGCGGCGGUGCGCUCAUAGGAACGCAGUGGGUCCUCACUGCGGCACACUGUGUCACAAACAUCGUGAGAUCCGGCGACGCGAUCUACGUGAGAGUGGGUGAUCACGAUCUCACCCGAAAGUACGGAAGCCCCGGCGCGCAAACCUUACGCGUUGCAACCACGUACAUCCAUCACAAUCACAACAGCCAGACGCUCGAUAAUGAUAUCGCCUUGCUGAAGCUUCACGGUCAAGCGGAACUGAAAGACGGAGUCUGUCUGGUCUGUUUACCUGCGCGAGGUGUCAGCCACACCGCCGGGAAGAGAUGCACAGUGACCGGUUAUGGAUACAUGGGAGAAUCUGGUCCCAUACCCCUUCGCGUACGCGAAGCGGAAAUACCUAUUGUCAGCGAUGCUGAAUGCAUAAGGAAAGUAAAUGCCGUGACUGAGAAAAUCUUUAUUCUACCGGCCAGCAGUUUCUGCGCUGGUGGGGAGCAGGGAAAUGAUGCCUGUCAGGGCGACGGUGGAGGUCCUUUGGUAUGUCAGGACGAUGGUUUUUACGAACUCGCUGGAUUGGUGUCCUGGGGAUUCGGUUGCGGCCGCCAAAAUGUGCCGGGCGUCUAUGUAAAGGUCUCUUCGUACAUCGGCUGGAUAAAUCAGAUUAUAUCGGUGAAUAAUCUCUAGUUUAUUUUGCGCAUAAUGUCUACGAUCAUUAUAUUUAAGAUUUAAGAAGUUUAUUUAUUGAUGGAACGUUGUAGUACCUUUACGCGCUUGAUGAUACAUUUCUCUCUCUCUCUGCAUUUUUGUUACAUGUGUCAUCAAGCGUGUUUAUUGUGUUUUUUAAAUAAUGAAGAUAUUUUUUUACGUGACAUAUGCUUUUAGAUAAGUGACCCGAUUAAUUAUAGAUUAAUUAAUCAAAAGGGGAAAGAUACACGUGUUAUUUAUUUAUAUUAAAUCAUGUAACACGCGCUCUAAGAGCCAACAAUAUAUAUAUAUAUAUAUAUAUAUGUGUGUGUGUGUGUGUGUGCGCGCGAAAAUCAUUUUUCAAAUGGAUAUAGACUUAUGGGUGACAAUUCCUCGAUAAUUUGCUACAAGUGAAGCCACUUUGUAGUACGCAAGUUGCAUGUGCAAAUAUUAUACAAUACUAUUAAUUAUUAUUCAAUUUUAUUCAUCCAUGAAGUUGGUUUUACAUUUUUUACGUUUACAUUUUUAAAUGGUUAAAUGGUUAAAAUUUCCAAAUUUUUCUCUAUUCUCAUCGGGAGACUAUAUUGAAUAUAUUGAUUAUUCUAUGCUUUGUAUAUUAUCGCGUUACUCGUAAGUUGUUUACACGUAUCUAGGAUCUUGCGUCAAGUGCAAGAGCUAGCAAAUUGUACAUCCUGAAUACUAUACAUAAUUAUUAAGACUAAAUACUUUGUAAGCUAUUGCAAGAUAUUGAAAAUUUCCAUCAUUCAGUGAUUGUUACUCUAUCCUUAUAUGAGGAAAUUUAUAACACAAUGAAUAAAACAUCGUAUUUGUAAAA